AUGUAUGCUCCUCGGGGAGUGGUAAAGAUCUCAAACUUGUGGAACUUGAUGGUGUUCCCUACUUCAGGGUAUCUGUCCACCACUCUAUCUGUAGACAACCUCUUCUCCUCUAAGAUAGUCCUUAACCAAGUAACUUUAACAUGUUCAACGAUUGAGGUGGAGAUGCUUAUACCAGAGGUACUGGAGUUAAUGAUGCCUCCACAAAGAGCUGUCAGAGGUCGUCCUGCUAGGUGGAAUAUCGAGGAACAAAGGGUAUCCAAUGCACCUGAAGUGAAACCUAAAGGAGAGGUCACCAAUGCUGAAUUUUGGGAAGCAAUCCGAAUGCUAAGUCAAGUUGUGACCAACCAAGUUGGGCAACAAAGAGGGGCUCGACAAGAAGAGACUGAUACUUCGAGGAUCCGUGAGUUUUUCAGGAUGAAUCCUCCAAGCUUCUCAGGUUCAAGCACUACUGAGGAUCUAGAGAUUUUAUUGAGAACUGAAAAAGAGAUGGUUGUAGAUAUGAGGAGCACGAUGAGUUUAUUUAUGGCUAGGCUCUCUCGUCUAUCAAGCAAAGAGGGCAAGGUAGCUAUACUAAUUGGGGAUAUGGAUAUAGCAAGAAACAAAGGUGAGUAUAAUGGUCAGAAUUCGCAGAACUUUAUGGCUAGACCUACACAGUCUCAGAGUAGUAAGGCACAAGGAGGUAACUGGGCUCCUGCAUAUGCUUAG